CCCAUAGCCUCUCUCUCUCCCUCUGCUUCUUCUUCUUCUUUCUUCUCUCUAGAAAUCCGAAGAACCCUUUUCACCCUUUUCUCCAAAUCCAAAUCUCUUCAAUAUCCUGAUCGCUAAACCAUGGGUUUGAUCCCUCAGCAGCAUCAAUCUGUGGAAGAAUCUCACUACCACACCCACAAGAUCUUCCUCUUCUCCAACUACGUUCUCCUCGGAGCAGCCUCGAGCUGCAUAUUCCUAACGCUAUCUCUGCGUCUAAUCCCGUCCAUCUGCGGAUUCCUCCUCAUCCUCCUCCACGCAACCACCAUCGUGGGUGCCGUCUCCGGCUGCGCCGCCGCCUCCUGCGGCAGAAACCGAUGGUACGCCGCUCACAUGGUGGCCACUGUCCUGACCGCCAUAUUCCAGGGAUCUGUUUCAGUUCUCAUCUUCACCAACACCUCGAACUUCCUGGGUAGCCUCAAGUCUUACGUGCGUGAGGACGAUGCGGCCAUGAUCCUGAAACUGGCUGGUGGGUUGUGCGUUCUGAUAUUUUGCCUCGAAUGGGUUGUUCUUGUUCUCGCCUUCUUCCUCAAGUACUACGCUUACGUUGAUGGCGGCGACACUAGGAGGACGGGUAAGGUCCAGAACGAGGAGAAUCUCAAGGACUGGCCAUUGCAGUUUCAAGUUUGAUGAUAAUAUUUAGAUUUGGUUCCAUAUUGGUUCGUGUAUCAUUUCGAUUUGUUCGUUUGUUCCUGCGUGUUGGGAGCUGAUUCUAUCUUCUACUUGCUUGUUGACGAAUAUAUAUAUUAUAUAGUUCACAAAUAUUUCUGGGGA